AUGGAAGACAGGCGUCAGGCGUUCACAGCUGAUAUGAGCACACUGCCCGGAUACACCGGGGCCAGAAUAUCAGGCUGCUGGGCUCUCCGUACCGAUGGAGGUGGGAGUGGUGAAGACUCCCUGGACAGACUCCUUCCUCCGGUCAGCACCUCUCGCAGGAAGAGCAGCAAUCUGGGUAAAACUGAACCUCCACUGCUCCGCACCGGCACACGCACCAUCUACACAGCCGGCCGACCGCCCUGGUAUAAUGAACACGGAGCCCAGUUCAAAGAGGCCUUUGUGAUUGGUUUGUGUGGUGGCAGUGCCUCUGGAAAAACCACUGUAGCCAAUAAAAUAAUUGAAGCUUUGGACGUUCCCUGGGUUGUUCUUCUGUCCAUGGAUUCCUUCUAUAAGGUUCUGUCUGCAGAAGAACAAGCUCUGGCGGCCAGCAACGACUAUAACUUUGACCAUCCGGGAGCUUUCGACUUUGAGCUGCUUGUGACCACGCUUAGAAAACUUAAACAGGGCAAAAGUGUAAAAAUCCCAGUGUAUGACUUCACCACACAUGGACGCCAGAAAGAGUGGAAAAAUCUGUACGGUGCCAGCGUCAUUAUCUUCGAAGGCAUCUUAUCCUUUGCAGACAAAGAGCUCUUGCAGCUGAUGGACAUGAAAAUCUUUGUAGAUACAGAUUCAGAUAUUCGUCUGGUACGGCGGCUGAGGAGAGACAUCACAGAGAGAGGACGGGACAUUGAGGGUGUCAUUAAACAAUAUAAUAAAUUUGUAAAACCAGCCUUUGAGCAGUAUAUCGAGCCCACCAUGAGACUCUCUGACAUUGUUGUUCCACGUGGUGGGGGAAACAUGGUGGCCAUGGACCUGAUCGUUCAGCAUGUUCACAGCCAGCUGGAAGAACGUGAGAUUAGUGUCAGGGCACUUCUGGCCACGGCUCAUCAAUCCCAGCCUCUCCCUCAAACUCUCAGUGUUUUGGAAAGCACGCCGCAGGUUCGAGGUCUUCACACCAUCAUCAGGAACAAAGACACCAGCCGUGACGAGUUCAUCUUCUACUCAAAGAGACUGAUGCGCUUGCUUAUUGAACACGCGCUGUCUUUCUUGCCCGCCAAGCCCUGUACUAUCCAGACACCACAAGGUCAAGAGUACAAGGGGUGCAGAUUUGGUGGCAAAGGGAUCACAGGUGUGUCUAUUCUUCGGGCAGGUGAGACCAUGGAGCUGGCUUUGAGAGCCGUGUGCAAAGACGUCCGCAUUGGCAAGAUUCUGAUCCAGACUAAUCUGGAUUCAGGAGAACCAGAGCUGCAUUACCUGCGGCUGCCCAGAGACAUCAGUGAAGACCAUGUGAUUCUGAUGGACAGCACCGUUUCCACCGGCGCGGCAGCCAUGAUGGCAGUGAGGGUGCUGCUGGAUCACGAUGUCAAGGAAGAGCAGAUUGUGUUGGUGUCUCUGCUGAUGGCAGAGUUGGGAGUUCAUUCAAUAGCAUAUGCCUUUCCUCGUGUCAAAAUCAUCACCACUGCAGUGGACAAGAGUCUAGAUGACCUCCUUCAUGUCAUUCCAGGGAUAGGGGACUUUGGUGACCGCUACUUUGGGACAGAUGGGUCUUCAUCCUGGAGUGAAGAAAAUCAGCAAGAACCCCACAGCUGCUUAUCUGAGGUCUGACAGAGGAUUCUUCAAGCAGUUUUGAGUAGUGAGAAUCAACACUUGCUGUGCUGUAAUAAUGAUUGUCCAGUAUUUCUAACACACUCUUGAGCACAGUGUUUGGUACCACUUCAUUUUCUAACUUUUUCUGAUGUGAUCCAAAACAACGAAAUAUGUUUUAUCUGUAAACACACUGUAAAUCUGAUAGAUUUGAUAU